GCGAAUUCGCUCGAUGUGCUCUGCGAAAAUUUUUGCCAGUUUGAAAAACGGCGAAGAGGCAUAAAGACCAAUAAAAAUCUAAAGCAAAAAACGCGAUUGUUGUGUGUUAACAAAAAUUCAAGGUGAAAUUUAAAAAACGAAAACCAUUUAAAACUAAACAAAAGCGUAGAAAUUUAUCAAAAUUUUAUGUAAAUUACGGAAAUACAAAUGGAAUAAGCACAGUGACGCCCAAAAGGGGGAAAAGAAUGUUGAAUGCAAGUAGCAAUGUGUGUGUGUAAAUGAGUGUAUUGGAGAAAAAACGAAUGUGUGAGAAGAAAAAAAUCAAUGCCUUGAAUUGAAGGGGAUAAAGAAGGCAGGCAACGGCGACGAUGUGCAUAAAAGCGAUUGCAAAGCAGGGAAAAGUGAAAAAAUGUGGUGCUGCCGAGGAAAAAUGAAUGUGACGUUAACUAACUCCAAGUGACGUUGACGACCGACCGACGGCAUGGAGAAGAAUAAGUGAAUAAAACGUAAAAGCAGCAACAAACGCAAAAGCCCCAAAAUGAAGAAACAAGAAAAAUAGUGACAACGACAAUUGGUUGUGGCUGAUUAAUAAAUGUGUAGCUAGCUGGCUGCUUGUUCGUUUUGCUGUUGGACUUACCAACAACAACAGCAAUAAAUAUAAAAAAGUUAUAACGCCAAACGGAAACGUGAAAACUUUUAGGAACUUUUUUCGCAAUUCAAACCAAACCAAUUUUUUUCAAUUUCCAAACGCUUUUUAAACGUCUUUUAAAAAAAGAUUUUUAGUGAAUUUUUCAAAUUAAAAUUUAAAAAGGAAAUAUAUAUAUAUACAUACAUAUACCAAACUUAGUGUUUAACGUCAAUACAUCAAAAAAAAUAAUAAUUAUAUAUAAUUAAAAUUAAUUAGUAUUAAUUAAAACAAAAACAUAUUCUUAAUUCUUCUAUUCCUUUUUGAAAGAAAAAAAGGAUAUUCGAAAAAUGAAAUAAAGUUUUAAGCUGAAGUGUUGAACAAUUUGGCCAAUUAUUAGACAAACCAAGAAAAAAAACACGCGAUGAAAUUCUCUAAGUGUUAAUUUUAGUUUAAAUGAAAAAUCUAUACGUUUAUUUAGUAUAAAAAGGAAAAUAUUUUAGUUUUAUAAAAAAAUUAAAAAUUAUUUUUUUUUUGUAAUAAUAAAUUUUGUGUGAGCGUGUGCAAACACUAACCCACGGGCUCUUCCCCAAAUAUAGUGAGCGUGAGUGGCAACCCCCAUAACCCGGCAAGUUAAGCUUUCCUUACUCCUGAACUCUGUUUAUGAUGUUUUCUCCUCGUGUCUAAUAUUUUGUGUAUGUUUAUUUGUAAGUGCGCGCGCGCGUUUGAGUGAGUGUGAGAGAAUUUAUUUUUCUAACUAAUUGAAAUUUAUUACCGGAAAUUUAAUAAUAUCUACCUACUACUAUAACAUAUGCCACAUUAAAUUGACAAACAACAGCAGCAAUAAAACAACAACAACAAAUCACAAAAAAUAGUCCAAUCCAAAUAGUCAAAGUCAUUUUAAGUGUGUUUUGUUUGUGUUCUAAACAUACAACAAUAACAACAACAAAAACUGCAAAAAUUGCAAAAUAAAAAAUCAAAUUAGCGCAAAAGUGAAAAAAUCAAGUAGCAGCUCUCCCUCUCAAUACAAAGAAAAAUGUUUUUGAGAGAGGUCAUCGUCACAUAGUUUCAUCAUAACUGUGCUGUGUUAAAGAGUAAGGGAGUAAUUGAUAAGCUAGCACUUCAUUCAAACACCUACAUAUACAUAAAUCAAACGAGAUUCGAGAUAGUUGACAUAUAUCACUAUCGAUAAACUCUCUUGUGUUGUAAGAUUAUCGAUAUUUAAACGAAUCGCCUUCAGCCUCUGGCCGUUUAGAAACCUUGACGCAUUGUUGAGAGAGCGAUAACAGAAGAAGUAUUACGGCUCUAUUCCUUUAAACAAGUCUGAUCACUGAAAGUCAUUGUUGUUGGCAUAAAAGCGAACAAAAACGAAAAACAAGACAUCGUUCGUUAAAACUGUUGUGAUAACUCUGAACCCCCUCUUUAAAUAUUGCCGCGGUAAUGCAGUCGUUAUUUUCACAAUCGUUUUGCGUUGUCGUUGCUAAAUUUCGUCGUAACGUGUUGACAAUAUGCAUCGCCAGCAUUGUCGCCUAGUUUAUCAUUGUAACGUUUCUAACGUCGUCGCCGUUAACGUCGCCGUCGCCGUCGUCGUCGUAAUUGCUCGCGCGACUUUCUUUAUCGUCGCCAGUGUCGUUGUGUACAUACAGAAAGUUGUUGCCACCAUCGUUGCUGCUGCAGCUGCCACUACAACUUUAAGGGAAAAAUUAAAGCCACCGCUCAACAGCAGUAAAUAUAGCUCUGCAGUAUCGAGUAUAGCCCGUUAUACACCUCCCAGUAUAUUGUCAUCAUUACUGAAGUCGCUGUCGACAUUAGUGUCACCUUUGUUGUCGUCGUCGUUGCUGUCAUCAUCACCAUUGCUUAAUUUAAGAUCAACCAAAGUUUGUUCAUGAUCAUCGGUGGUGUGCCUACGCCACGUUUAUGAACUGAUCAUCAAAAUUAUCAUAGUCUCCAUCUCCUACGUCGCCAUCGGCUUCGUCAUCAUCUUCAUCACCAACAUAUUUAUCAACGGCGCUCUCGAACAAUGUUGAUGAAAUUCAAUUAGAUUUAAUUUAGUUUUGCUACUUUUAACCUCUAAACCUGUGAAUAACAAAACACCGAACGAUCGAGUUAGUGACCAUCCCAUAGAUCGGGCAUAGCCAAAACAAAAACAACAACAACAAUAUAAACCGCAAUCUUCCCCUUAAAGCGAAGAAGAAAACCUCGAAUUUAUCCAUCGUUCUAAGCGAAGCGAAUCAGUCCAUCACCACCCACAGCAAGCAGACAGCCAAAAGUCCAUAUAAAGCUGCAGUGUGUGCAACGUAAAAAGCUAGCGGACAAGAUCGUCAGUAAGUGAGUGUGGGAAAAAAUCAAAUUCGAAGCGAUUGGAGGAAGGACUAUUUUGCAAGUAAAUCUCUGUGGACAAGUAAAAGAAUAACGAUCAAAGAUCAAACUGUUCCCCCUCUACCCCAAAACCAAAACCCAAAAAAGGCCUAGUUAAAGAAAGAAAAAACAAUUAAAUUAAUUUAUAGAUAAUCCCUAGGAUAACCUAAACCCUAAACUAAAUUGAAUUCUUCAAACUACUACUAAGUUACGUUUAAAUCUAGCAGAAGUGUUCUUUGAAACUACUUGUGUAAGCAGCAAGGAUCUUAAGCAGCUCUAGACGACCAUUUUCCAUACUUCCCAUUGAAACCUUGGGGCUGAUUUUUCGGCUACUAAGCUGCAUUCAGUAAAAACUAAACUACUCUUCGACAUCUCUAGCACGAGUAACACCAACACAACCACCAAAACGACUACCCACAGCAACUGCAACUGUAGCACCACCACCAGCAGCAAAAACAACACUAGCAUCAAAAACACUCCAACAACGUCAUCUAUUGUUGGUCUAAUUUUUGACAUUCUUAUCCAGCCCGGGUUCGGUCAGACAAUACGCACGACCCUGGAUUUGCUGUUGAAGAAGUUGCGCACGCUAAAAACCCCGAUUAUGGCCGAGAAUCAAUCUGCCACAGAGGAUUCCGGUCAACAAUCACAAACACAACAUCAACAAACGCAUUCGACGCACCACCAUCAGCAACAACAAGAGCAGCACGAUCAUUUAGAAGAACCUCAGCAACAGCAGCAGCACCAGCAGCCCCCAUUGUCAACACAGAAUUCGGAAGAGCUUUCAUCGGCCUUGGCCUCGCCAGCCACACCACCCAACGAAAACAACUCGGUCUCAUCGCCCGACGAACCCCAAACAAUUGUUGUUGCCAGCAAUCGUCAGCAGCAGCAGCAGCAACAGCACUCACCACAUCGGUCGCCAGCACGCAGCAUGAUUGAUCGUCCUGUACACGCCCGAUUUAAGGUGUCCACGACGACUCCACAACGUCGCAACACAAUUCAGUCGACUACCGCUCCCAGGGGUGCGAGCACUACGGCAAUUAAGAAACCCACCCUGGUCAAGGUGAACUCAUUGACCAGCACCGCCACGGUUGACAAGAACAACUCCAGCCUGGAAAAACAUCACCACCAUCAUCAUCACCAUCACAAUAGUAUGUCGAAUCAUCAGCAACACCAUCACCAUGCUCACCAGCAUCAUCAUCAACACAAUUCGUCCUCUUCUUCCGCCAACAACACUAUGACCACCACUUCGACCGCCAUACAACGUACCACAAGUGAAUGUCUUCGUUUGAACGCUGUGCCCGCUACCACACCCGCAGACUCUCUCUCGAAUGCCACCAGCUACAACAGCAUUCAGUCGAAUGUAACCAACAACAGCUCCAGCUCGGCUUCGGUAGCUCCCAAAUCGACCAGCUCCAAUGCUAGUCACUCUAAGAACUCAACAUCGAAGUCAUCCUCGGCCAACUCCAGCAAGGCUUCGUCGCCCAACAACAACAAUAGCAUAGCCGAGUUAUGUACCGGCUUGCGUUCGGGCACUAGAAGUAACUCCUCUUCAGUGCGUAGUUACCAGACCUAUGGCAAAAUGCAGAAGGCCAACCAAGCACCCAAUGCUGGAGGUGGCAUCCGUAGACCCAAGCCCACAUCUUCAUUUCAAAUAACUUCGGUGACUGUGGGCAACCCGAAGCCGUCGCCUGUUACCGACAAUGGUGAGGAUGAGUCUGCUGAUGAUUUCGAUGAAUCUCACACAGAUGACAACAGUCGCAUAACCGAUUUGGAAAACGAGACUCCCUCCAUGUCGGAGGACACAUUCUCGAAGGAGGAGAUUUACUACCACCAAGAUGAUGGACUUACUAGCACCGCACCCGCCAUACCAACUGGUUCGCAGUUUGGUCUGGUAGUUGCCACUCUGGGAGCCCAAGAUAUUUCGAAUGUCCAGGUGAAUGUGGGUGAAAAUUUCAUUGAUGUCGUGCCCAGUGGCAGUGAUGUUAAAAAGGACUCAACUCAGCAUCGCAGCGAACGUUUCAAAGUGGUCAAAAUUGAGUCGACUGAACCAUUUCGUCGUGGCCGUUGGGUUUGUAUGGACUACUUGGAUCAUACAACAGUGCCCGGCAGCGGUGCGGGUGGUAAGGGAGAUGGUGCUGGUAAUAACAACGAAAAGACUGAAGGCGGCGCCGCAGCGGCCGAGAAUGCCGGUGAGCAAGGGGUGCCUCGUACUACGCAAAGCAUGAUACUUGGCCAUGGUACGGCCGCCAUAUUGGAAAAUCACUAUGAUGCCUCUACAUCUGCUGAUGGAAAUUUGAAUUAUCCCGAGCCAACGGCCAAAAUUCCGCUGGGUGGUGCAGGAGGAGCCGGCCUAGGUGGUGGUGGUAUAAAUACUGCUCCCGCCACUGUGGUGCAUGGUCUGCAGCAGUUUGUUGAAGCCUCCAAGCCUGGAGAGGCAACAGCAGUAAAUGUCUUAACUGGUGUAGCUCAACAGCAGGGCGCCGAAGGGCAAUAUCAAACUCCACCACAAGAAGUCAAUGCCAACACGAACACGCCACAGAUGAACAUGCCGGGUCAAGUAAUGCAGGAUGGAAGUCAGCAAAUUCCUAUGGACUUUGCCACCUUGGCUGCCCAUAAGCUCAAACAAUCCUUGGAAGAACUAAAGAGACGCGAAGAAGCCAUAGAAGCUUCGGAGAAAGCGGCCGCUGCUGCUGCAGUCGCCUAUAUGCCGGGACGUUCACAACCCGUGAACUUCGAAGCUUUCAAGCAACAGCAGCAGCAGCAACAGCAACAACAACAGCAGCAGCCUCAGCAGCCGCAGCAAGUAUCAAUGCAACAGGCGCAGUCCAUGCAGCAGCAACAGCCUCAACAGCAACAACAACAAACCCAGCAGCAACAAACGCAGCCGCAGCAGCAACAGCAACAACAGCAGCAUACUGUCUCCUUACCCAGCAGCAUAAAUAUGCAGAAUGGCACGGUAUCCAUAUCCUCGGACAACAGCAAUGUUGGCUCUCCUGCCGGCGCGGCACAGACACAAGCUCAACAACAGCAGCAGCAGCCAAUUGCGAAUAUGAUGGGUCAAGGACAACCACAACAGCAGAGACAACAACAACAGCCUCAAAAUAUGGCCGCCUAUAAUAUGGAAAUGCAACAACAACAGCAACAACCAUUGUCUCCUGCUCCGCAACAGAGCCAAGUACCACCUACAUAUGUCACUUCGAACUUCCAGGGCACCCCACAUCAGACACCACAGCAACAAUCGCCUCAAUUGGCCGAUGCAGUGCAACAGGUGCCCAACCAGCAAUUGCAGCAAAUGCAACAGCAAUUGCAACAACAAAUUCCACAACAACACUCGGUACAGGUGCAAGCGAUGCAGCAAGUACCAGUGCAGCAACAAAUGCAACAGCAGAUGCAGCAGCAAUUGCAGCAACAAAUUGUGCAACAACAGCCACAAAUGCAACAACAUUCGAUGCCGCCAGCGGUACAGCAAAUGCAGCAAACGAUGUCACAGCAACAGCCGCAGCAACAACAGCCGGUAGCCAUUAGGCAGCAGCCAAUGCAGCAACAGCCAAUGCAGUCACAAUUGCAACAACAGAUGGCUGCUCAACAAAUGCAGCAAAUGGCUCAACAGCAACCGCCGCAGCAGCCACAACGGCAACAAUCGUUACCAGUGCAACAAAUGCCUCCGCAGGAUCAGCAACAACAGCAAAUUCAACGUCCCGUUCAACAGCAGCAGCAACAGCCGCAAAUGCCACAAAAUGUCAAUGUGCAACAACAGAUUUCACAACAGCAACAAAUUCAGCGCACGACAAUGCCUGGUGGUCAACAGCAACAACAGCCACCACAAAUGCAGCAAACGGUUACGAUGCAGCAAAUGCCUGCUGGGACCAUGCAACAAUUACAACAACAACAGCAACAACGACAAACCUCGUUGCAACAACAGACUUCACAAACAGAUGGUGUAUCCAGAAGCACUAGCUUGCCGCAACAAAUGCCAUCACAACAGCAGCAACAACAACAACCACCACCAUCAGCAACUCAAACUCAACUUCCACCACAAUUCCAGCCGUUGCAACAACAGCAACAGCCUUUAGCUCCCGGACAAACAAUGCCCCUAAUAUCGCAAAUGACCAACUAUGACAUGCAGCAGCAGCAGCAACAACAGAGACAGCAGCAAUCGCAACAAUUGCAACAGCCACAGCAACAGGCCUCAUUGGUUAGCCAACAACACAGUGCCCCUGCUACUAUGGUUGAUAAUGCAGCCAUAUUAGCUCAAAUUCAGCAACAACAGCAACAUGCCUCCAUGGCAGGGACCAAUACUUCAAUGACUGGUCCCGCUACCAUAAUGAUGCCGGCGGGUACCGCUCAAUACCAACAGCAACCCCAGCAGCAACAACAACAAUCGCGCCAAUUACCUAUCGACAAUGCUCAGCAACCACCAACCAGCGUUAAUGUUCAUUUGAAUCCGAUCACCUCGGCCACCGUUAUGCCAACGAAUAUGACAAUGCAAGCAACAAAUAUUGAUAGUCAAAAACUACAGCAAAUGCAACAGCAGAAAACAACACAACAGCAACAAACAAAACCAUCAACAGCCACAACAUCACAGCAAAAUACCGCGCUACAGCAACAGCAGCAGCAACAACAACAGCCCAUGGCAGAAACAGAGACUGAAAGAAGCAUAUCCAGUCUCACCCAGGCCUUGAUUGGUACGCAAAUUUCUGGUAACACUGCAGGCGAUUUGGGUAGCAAUCGCAAAAGAGCUUUUAGCACGCCGCACAUAGCCUCCAAUGUAGUGCACCAAAUGCUGGCUACUUCAGUGUCGGCCACUGCCGGCAAUGAGUUUGCUCCCUGCCAGAUAUUGCCCACAACUCAAGGAGGCGAUCCGCAAAAUGUGUAUUUCUAUAAUAAAACUGGCUCAGGACGUUCCUCGUUUUGUGUAGAUGAAAGCAUAUGGAAAUCAUCGGGCAUGGAGUCGACUAUGAGAGGCAAUUUGGGUGAUGCCAAUGCCCAGGUGGUUGCAUCGGAUAGCAAUAUUUACACCAAUCUGGCUAUGGGAGAUGAACGUUAUAAGCUACCCAUGGAGUUCUCCAGAGUGUAUAGUCCGGGUGUUAGCAUAACCACCAGUCAAUAUGGUGCCGAGGAUUUGGAUGAAGAUGAUGACAACGAGGAGGAUUUCGAUGAGGCUUCAGAUCAAUUCUCACCUUUACUCUAUGCCAAUACACUACAGAAAAGUUCUCAUCCCAUACCCAUAAGUCCUUCACAAUCACCAUCUCAUAUGGGUGCAGCAGCAGCGGCAGGAGCAGCGGGAAGUGUAGGAGUUGCAAAUACAACAUUGGUUGGUCGCAAAAGUCCCAGGUCUCAUUCACCCAUUAAUCAUGUGGCCUAUAGUGCUAGCGAUGCCACAGGUAUCUAUCCAUUCUCGCCUUUCUACAGUGGUUCACCAGAGGGGGCAGCUGCCAUGGGACCCCACACAUUGCCGCCCAAAAAGGUUUCCUUCAGCUAUGAUCCAGCAUUCGGUACGGCGGUCACACGUCUAGCGAUACCAACACAAACACAAACGCAACAAAGAAAAUUAUCACAGCCCAUCGGACAACUGUCCGCACCCAUACAGCCCGCCCAUAGGCUGUCUACGAUAUCGGUGGAAAGUGCUCCAGCUUCCAUGUUAUAUGCAACAUCACCAACAUCAAACAGUGCAUCUGGAACAAGUGCAGUUGCAAUCGAUAAUAAAAUCGAGCAAGCAAUGGAUCUCGUCAAAUCCCAUUUGAUGAUAGCUGUCCGUGAGGAGGUGGAAGUCUUGAAAGAGAAAAUCUCCGAACUCAUGGAUAAAAUCAAUCAAUUGGAAGUUGAGAAUACCAUACUCAAGGCUAAUAUGUCCCAAGAGACAUUGCAGCAGCUGCAAAUGCAAAUAACUGGCACAGCAACUGCAACCAAUAUGAUUGCGGCAGCACCAACGCCAACACCACCAGCCGCAACGGUGGCAGCUGCCAAUGCCAUAGCAGUGGUGGCCAAUACAAAUGCUUUGGGCAAUCAACAACAGCAACAGCAGCAGCAACAACAACAACAAAUUGCUGCCAUUAAUGUAGCCAAUACAGGAAGUGGCACUGCCACGCCCACCACACAAACAGCAGUGGAAAAUCUCACAGUUGAACAUCAGAACAACAUCAAUAACAGCAGCAACAGUGGUGAGGAUGCAGCAGCAAUACUACAACAAGCAGCAAAUGGAACCAUGUCUUAAAUGCAGCCAGCAAUAUCAAAAAAAAAAAAUUGACACCUUUUGUGAGGGUGUUUUUUUGCAAUGAAUGAAACAAAUUUUUUUGCUUAACUUGUCUCUAAAACAACACCUUAAAACAAAGGUCUUUAGGACAAAAAGUAGGGCAUCUAAGACUAUAGUGAUUUUUUUACUAAAAGUGAGUAUGUGGGGUAUAAAAGGAAAUAAAUGUUUACUCUAAAAAACUACAAAAAACUGAAAACUUUAAAAGAUUUUGGAUUUUGAUUUAAAAAAGACCAAAUUUUUGAGAAAAGUUUUAGGUUUUAGUUUUUGGCCUUUUAUCCUGCUCACUUUUUGAAAAAGAACUAUAAGCAAGCAUAUAAACAAAACAAAAAUCCAAGCACUUCUUGUUGAGGCACAGAAAAUUUUUUAGAUUUUUUUUUAAUUCUCAAUGUAUUAUUAAUUAUUUUUUUUAUUUAUUUUCUUAAAUUUUCUGUUUUUUUUAUGUAAAACAAAAAAUGCAACUUUACAUCACUGCUUGGAUGUUUUGUUUUUUUUUUGUUGGAUUUUUUUUUAUUAUUAUUAUUUUUUUUUUCAAAUAGAAUUUUAAGAAACAAACCCAACUGAAAAGGCGGCAACUCUUAGAGUUGCUUUGCUACAUUUGCUGCUAUGGCUUAUUGGAGCAUCUGCGGUGUUUGCCUGUUAUUGUAUGGGCAACACAGCUUGGUAUGCUGUCUUGGCAACAUGUUGCUGCAGCAUACUUUUUAAGUUUUGUAAUGUGAUAUAAGAUAUUGAAGAAUGAAGAUUGAUGAUUGAUGAUGUAUGAUGAUGAUAAAACCCUAGAAAAUAAUGAUUCUUAACAGAUUUCUCUCUAAACUCUCUAACUGAGAUUUUCCCCUCCACAAAAUUCAAGAAAAGAAGUUAUUUCAACACACACCCCAAUAUCCUUAAAAUAUUUAACUAAAAAGAAACCAGACAUGUUUGAUUUUUAAUCGUUUUUAAAUUUUUGAUUUCAUUUUUUUUACUAUUUUUUUUUAAAUUGUUAAAAUUUGCCUAUGUUCUUUGAAUAAUAUGGAUUAUUUAAAUAGUUUUUAAAAGGGAAAUAAUUUUAUAUAUUUAAAAAAAUUGUUUUGUUUUAAAAAAUAUGCCUUAAUUUUGUUCUCUAAAUAGCUUUAUAACAUCAACAUUUUUUGUAUUAAAUUUGUGUAUAAUUUUUGUUUAAGUAAACAUUUUCCCUCCUUAUAUCUAAAACAAAAACAAAAAAAUUGAUCAAAAAAAAAACUAUAAAUUAAAACUUAUAUAGCCAGAGAGAAGAAAAACCCAGAAAUGUAAAGAAAACAAAUUUUUAAAAUUUAAACAAAAAAAAUGAUUAUAUAUGCAUGCCUAAAACGGAGUAGCAAUUGCAGAACAAUAACAAACUUGAUAGAACAUGAUACACAGGAAAAACAAAAACAAAAAAAACUUAAAAUGCAUACUUUUAUUAAAAAGUAGAAUUUUAAGUCGAUAGAUGGCGCAUAAGUCUCUCCUUAAUAUCUCAUAAAUAUCAUAAAAUGUUUGUAAAAUUUUUAGUCUUUUGUUUUUUUUUAUUUUUUUUUUUUGUAUUAAUAAUUAUUUUCAAAAUUUUAUUGUCUCCUUUUUUUAUAUAUAUAUAAAUGUUACCAUCACAAACAAAAUUAUUAACAACCACCAUUACAAACAAAGAACAACAAAAAAUUAUAAUAAAUAAAAAAAAAGAAAAUAAAACAGAAAAAAAAGAAAAUACAAAACAAAACAAAAAAUAUAUUGUGAUAAUUUGCAUUGCAUUGACCUUUCCCCUAAAUGAAAAUAAUAAUGAUAUGAAAAUCCAAAUACAAACUCAAAGCUUGAUGAUGGAGAAGAAAACACACAUCAACAAUUCAAUUUCAAAAAAAAAAAAAAAUAAAAAUGUAUAAAAAAUAUUUCCCCCGCCCCCAAAAACCAAGUAAUGAUUACUUACAACUACCACACUAAAUGGCAUAAUGGGCUAAAAAGCUAAAAUAAAAAUUGUAAAAAAAUAUGUCUUGAUAAAAAAGCAACUUUUUUAACUUGAUUUCUGGAACACACAAACAAAAAGGAACAACUAUUGAUGAUACUAUUUUAUAAAAAAAAACAAAAAUCCUAAAGAUCUAAAUGUUAAAAAAAUUUUAUUAUAAUUUUUUUCUUAAAAAACCAAACUGUAUAUACAUAUUCAUUGAAAUUAAUAGGAAAACAUUUAUGAUAAAACGCUUUAAAUGAAUACAAAAUAGGUCUUAACAAACAUUCUCACAAAGACCUAAACCAAUUUGUCUUUUCAAAAAAAAGAACAUGCUGUUUUUUAUUUGGAACUUUUUUUUAAAGAAAUAUAUUUUUUAUGAUAGAUAAACAACUUCUUUUCUUAAGUGUCACAUUUGUUUCUGGUAUUUUUAUUUUCCCAGUCCCCAGCCAGCCAUUCAUCCAUCCAUGCAACUAUCUCUGUUACUCCUCUUGCCUUAGAAAUCACACUAUUAUAACUUUACAAAACUCAGAAAAAAUCUGUUGUAAGAUUUUCUUCAAAGACUCUUCUCUUGUAAAAAAAACAAACAAACAAAAACCAAAAUAUUAUUUUACCUUAUUAUUAUUAUUAUUUUUUUUAAUAUUAUUUUCUCUUAUAUUUUCCCCAUUUUUUCUUUUAGUAUUCUAAGAGUUUUUUUCGUUUUUAUUAUAUUCCUUUUUUAUUAUUAUUACAUUUAGUUUGUAUUAUAAACACACAACAAAUCUAUCUAUAGUAUACAUCUCUAUAUAUAUUUUAGCUUUUAAGUUAAAUUUUAAAUAAAACAAAAACAAUACAAAAUAUUUAACAAAAAAAAAAAUAAUAAACAAUACACCACUAUAAAAACAACAAAAAUUAAAAAAUAUAAAAAUAAAAAGGAAAAAUGUUUCAAAAAAAUAUACCACAAAAAAAAACAAAUGUUUUAUGCAUUACUUUUUUUUAGUAUUCAAAAAAGGGUUAUAAUAAAAAAAAGGCAACAAAUAAGAAAAUGUGCCUAGAUCACAUUAUAAGCCAAUUAUGGGCAACAUAUAAAAAAAAACAUCCUAAAGAGACUCUUAAUUGUCUAAGGAUUUAAAAUGAAUUGGAAGUUAAACUGCAUAGCCUUCAACAAAAUGUAGAUAAAUAAAAUGAUUACGCAGCUUUAAACUAAAAAAUAAAAUGAAAUUCAGCAAAUGAUGGAAGAAAAGUUCUUUCCAAAAAAAUAUUUAAAAAAUUGAAGUGAAUGCUUAGAAAGGAGUUAUUUUGAGGAGAAAAGAUUGACUGAAAACAGUGUUUUUUUUUAAUUGUCAAUUUAUAGGAUAGACGAAAAAGUAUUUUAAUAGUGAAGAAAUUGCAAUACAUCAAAGAAAAAGAAAAAAUUCUUUAAAAAAAUUACAACGACAUGAAUAAGCUAAACAAUUUUUACUAAUUUUAGGUUCCUUCAUACUAGGGACUAUAAAAAUCUAAAAUUUUUGUCAAUAAAAUGGGAAUUUUUCUUUAAAUUGUCCAUUUAUAGGAUAGACAAAAAAAAGUAUUUCAAUAGAAACAAAUUUCAAUCCAAGCAUACAAAAUAUCAGAGAAAAAGUAAUUUCUUUAAAAAAUUUGCAACAACAUGAAUAAGCAAAACAAUUAGUACUAAUUUUCGGUUCCUUCAAACUAGGGACUAUAAAAAUCUCAAAUUUUUGUUAAAAAAAAUGAAGGUUCUUCUUUAACUUGGCAAUUUAUUGGAUAGAUAAAAAAGUAUUUUAAUAGAAACAAAUUUUAAUCCAAGCAUACAACACAUCAAAAAAAAAUGAUUUUCUUCAAAAAAAAAAAAACUUGGAACCACAUAAACAAUUUUUUCUAAUUUUAGGUUCCUUCAAACUAGGGACCAUAAAAAUCUCAAAGUUUUGUUAAAAAAAAUUCCACUUUGACAAAGUUUGUUCUCAUUGACAUUGAAUGUUAGUUGAGUGCAAAAAGUCUCUAUGCAAUCAUAACACGCGCAGUAUUUGUUUUUCAAAAACUACUGGAAAAAAUUUCCUCAUGUUGAAGUUUUUUUGCCUGUUAGGGCGAAAUCAUUAAAUUUCGAGUCGACCUCAAUGAUAGAAGAUUUUCUUUGCAAAUGGAAAAGUAAAGCCAGAGAUCGCAACACACCAAACGCUAUGGGACGCGUUUCGUCUUUGGUUAGAAGACUUUUCAACUAUAUUAGGUGUUUGCUUGUAAAGUUUGUUUAUUAUUAUAAUCAAACUAACUGGCUUGAUAGGAUUCGCUAAACCCAAAAAUGCCUCAAAUAUGACUAUCUGGUUCGUACUCUUCUUCCAAAGAUCUUAAGUUUAAGUAUAGUUUCCCGACCAUUCUUUGCAAAUGGAAAAGGAAAGCCAGAGAUCGCAACACACUAAAUACUAUGGGACGCGUUUCGUAUUUAGUUAGAAGCCUGAAUUGAUUUUGUGAGCCUCUAGAGGGCGCAGUUCUUCACCGAUUUGGCUGAUAUUUGUUUUAUGACCUUCAACAUAUUUGUAAAGUAUAGUCUCAAUCGAUCCAUAACCGUUUAAAACUUCUAUAUAAACCGAUCUCCCGAUUAUACUUCUUGAGCCCCUAGACAGGGCAAUUAUUAUCCGAUUUGGAUGAAAUUUUGCAUAAUUUCACCUACAACCUAUACCAACUGUCGAUUUUACUUUCUAACCGUCUAGAGGGCGCAAUUAUUAUUUAAUAUGAUAUCUGCCCUAACCUCCAACAUAUAUGCCAAGUGUGGUCUGAAUCCGUGUCUAUUGCUCCUAUAUAAACAGAUCAUCCGAUUUUACUUCUUAAGCAUCUAAUGGAAGCUAUUCUAACCAGAUUAAAAAAAAAAGACAAGUAAAGCCGCAUUAGUUGGAGUGGAUACCCAAUAAAAAAAACAAUUAUUAUCCUAUUUUAUUUAAAACCUACAAUAUCUAUAUCUAUGUCCUAGUAUGAGCCGAUUUGGAUAAUAUUCGGUUCAGGUACCGAGCAGUUUAUAUAAGUUAAAGUUUAAAACUUCAAGGAAACCAGGUUAUACAUAAGGAUUUUAUGGCUUAAGCUCUCAGAUCUGCAGAUCGGCCUAUAUGGCAGGUUUUUCAAAAUAUGAUCUGAUAUAGACCAUAGGCGGUUCGAAUAUUAGGUGGCCUGGUGCAAUUCCAUGUUCCAAAUUUAUAUCAAAGUAUGGUCCAAUCUGGAACAAAUUUGGUUUGGACAAUAAGAAAUCUAGUCCAACUCAUUGCUCUAAAUUUCAGUGUAAUAAGAAAAUACGGCUUUUCAUGGGCCUAAGAUCCUUAAUAGGCAGGUUGGUUCAUAUAACAGCUAUAUCCAAAUUUGGUCCGAUCUAGACUAGAUUUAGUUCAUUCUGUUUUGAUGUAAUUUUUAAGUUUGGAAAGGCUGUAAAUCCUUCACAUUUUCGAACUUCGAACUUCCCUGGACUCGAAAUUCAAUGAGGAAUCUUAAAAUAAGCAGAAUUUUCAAAAAUUUUAAGUUUUGAUUUUUUUCCAAUUUUCGAGCAAAGGGGUAGCCUUUCAAAAUUUUCAAUAUUUGAUGACCCAAAAUUUUUUAAGUUAAGCAUACAGCAGUAAGAUACGUUGCUCAAAAAUGCUGUUUAAAACAAUCCCUGAGUUUUUUCUUCAAAAUACAAGCUCGAAAUCGCACAAUUUUUAUCCAAAUAAUACAUAAAAAAUUGCAAUUACUUUUUUAGAUUCGAUAGAUUUUUGAACUUCAAAAUUCUAAAAACUCCAUUGGAUUCGAGAAGUAUAGACUUCUUUCCAUAUUAAUACAAACUUGCGAAAAAAAUAUCUUGUAAUUUUCUCAAGAUAAGCUAAAUUAUAUGUUGUUAAUGACAUACCAUAAGUUCAAGUUAAAAAAUGCUGUAAAUCCUAGGUAUUUUCGAAAAUCUCAAAGCAUCCCCAAUACUUUGCAGGUUUCUUUGGUAAAAUUAGCUAAAAUCGAUUUUGCAGUUUUUCUUUGUAAUACUUUGCAGUUUUCUAUGGAAAAAUUAGCAAAAAUCGAUUUUGCUUUGGCGCAAAUAUUCACAGAAAUUUUCUAAGUUGAAAAUGCUAUAAUUCCUUCAUGUUUUCGAAUUUAGAAAAUCCUAAAGCAUCCCUGGAUUCGAAAUGCGAACAGAAAUCAUAAGAUAUAGAAAAAUUCUAAAAAAUGGUAACUUUUAAAUUUUUUAAAUUUUGCGGGCAAAGGGGUUAGCUUUUAAAAAAUUUCAAGUUUUGAACCUCCAACUGUUUUUGACACCGUUGUAUUGUUUAUGGCUUAAAAACACAAUUCAAAGCUAUUCCUGAUUGUUUUCUUCAAAAAAAAGCUCAAAAUUGUAUUAUUGCCAUAAAAAAAUGUGAAAAAUCCUUGUUAAUUUGAAAUUAUUGUGACUUUCUUAUAUUUUCAAACUAAAAAAAUGCUAACAACAACCCUGUACGUCUUGCUUGUUUGGCUAAAAAUCAUUACCAAGUUCCUUUGAUUAAGGAAAAAUAUCCGCACCGCACCCUCUUAUCAAAGGAAAUCUAAGGAAAAUGAUCAAAAUCAAAAUCUGUCCGUUUGCAAUAUGUCCGUUUGUAACAUGUACGUUUGCAACAUGUUGCGGAAUCAUAUUUUCCUUCUAGAAGAAAGUAUAAUUCAAUAUCGAUGCCACUGUUGAAUGUGUUGGCGAGGAUAUUAUUCAAUUCUGUCAUUCUAUGCUUAUGUAGGGUUUUAAACCCAAGGAAACCCCACAAAAGUGUAGAAACAUUCUACGUCUUCUUAUUCAGGGAACAUAAGAGCAGAUGCAAUAAUUCAAACACAUUGUUUAUUUGAAGUUAAAAUAUUUUUUCUCAGUAUACAUUGUAUAUGUAAGCCUUCAAAUUUAAAAGAAUUGAUAAUAUUGAGGAUGUUAAUAAUUUUAAAUCGACCUUUUUUAGUCAAUUUUGUUUAAGUCCUCGAGAUUGAACAAAAUAACUCUGAAGAAGGAUGAAUAAUUUCCAUUAUUCAAUUUGGUUUUAGCAUAACAUCUAUUGUAUUUAUAGAUUGUAUCUUUUAACUUAUUUAUAAAUGCAGCAUUGGCCUAAAAUGUGUGGAAUAAGGAGUAUCGAUAGGCCUGUCAUAAUAAUAAUACCAUAAUGACAAUUAAUAUGAAUAGUUUACUCAUAUUAAUUGUGGGUAUUAUGUGGGGAAUUUUAAUAACUAAAGAUUACAACUAAAAAGAUAAAUGAAGAACUAAAAAAUUGCUUCUUUGAUAUUAACGUUUUGUUUUAAUUAUUAUCCAAAUUAAAUAUCACUCACUAUAGAAACUAUUUUUAAAAUACAUGCACUCAAUAAAAACCGUUUGAUUAAAACGGAAUAGAUUGAAAUAAAAUUCUAAUAAACUUCAAAACCUAAAACGCAAAAUUGAUUAGAUACAAAGUUUAGUGACUCGAAAAGAAUAAAAAACAAUGGCUUGUUAUAAAAUAAUAAAUUCUUAGGUAAAAAAAGGUAUAACAAUCUCAGUAUAAAUCAUAUCAUAGACAUACAUACAGAAUUUUGAUAGAUAAGAAGAAUAGAAGCUAUAAACACAUUUAGAGUAUAACUCAAGAAGUGAAAGGUUUUGUUAAAUCAACGCCAAUUUUGGUGAAGAAAAUCAGAAGAUAUGUUUCUUUUAGGUAUUUUAAGGUAUGCUGCAGCCACAUACUUAUUAUUAAUAAUUGAAACUUCAAUAAUUAAUAAAUGAUAUAUAAUGAAAUUAUAUAAAUAUAUACUCUAUAUAACAUGAAAAUAAAAUGUUAUUUUAAUAUCAGUGGCUUUUAGAAACUGUUUUAAGAUUUUUUUUAUCAUGCUCCAAAAAUUUUUUAGCUUAAUAUCAUGCCAAUAUCAUUCCUCAAUAAGGACAUUUGCCAAUAACCAAAAUUUAAUAGCUGUGCGUUUUAUUUAUCUACAUUUUGUUGAACGAUCACAAAAAAUGGUAUUAACAAUUGUUUUUGGUUUAUUUAAAUAUAAAACUAAGCUAAAAAGUAUAUAUAGAUGUGAAUUUUUUUUUUCAAUCCAAUGAGAUAAAAUACAAUAUCCAAUAUUAAUUUCACGGCAUCCUUCAUCAAAAAUGGUGGUUGAAUUUUAUAAUUAUAUUACAAAUAAAGAUCAAAUGGAAAUUCUUGCGCAUUAAAGUGCGAAAACCACCGAAAUUGGCAAUAAUUGAGAUCUGUUGCCGAUGUCCUUAAAACUUUAGCACUAACGUAGCGUGCGACAUAAAAAUUGCUGUACGUACACCGAACGAAAAUUUGAUACCGUAUGGUAUGGAUGAUGUAAGGAGUUAUAAAUACAAUACGGUAUUGUUUCUGUAUUAAAUCACGGUAUUGCUUUACUAUCAUACGGUAUCAAUUUUUCAUUCGGUGUAAUGCAUGUCCCUAAAGCAGCGAUGUCCAGCCCCUUACGGUAACGUUGAUGGCAAGUCACACGUAUUCUUAUUCUCUUUAUUUCAUUCGUUGUUGGGACAUCAACGAUUGAACAUGCGGGGGGUAUAUGCAUCGUUUUUUUGUUUUAUAUUUUAAAAACAAUGAUUUUUGUUGAUUACACCCUUGGAAGAUAUAAAAAACUAACUAAAAUUUUAUAUUUACUUUUUCAAAGCACUAAUCUUUCUAUCCAUAAAAAUUAUUUUUUACAUAAUAAAAGAAUUAAAAAUACUUAAAGGGAGUGCUCACACAGUCACAUUUUUAUUUUGGACAUUGCUGCCCUAAAGUCCAUAAAAUACGAUUAUUAUACUGUAAUUUCCGUUAUUAGGGUUUUUGAAUUGGUUUUUAUUGAUCUGGGCAUUGCUAUAAAAAGUAAAGUAUGAUUUUAGGCGCAUCUGUAUUUUGUGGUAGAAUAUGGGUAUUUCCAUAAUACUUUUGUUAAACCACUCAAAUUAAAUAGAAUAUGGGUAUUUCUAAUAAUAUAUUAUUUUUUUUGUUUAAUCCCCAAAUUAAUGUAGCCGUUCUUCACCAUUUUUUUUCUAUAAAUAUCAUUAAAAAUUUUAAAAAAAUUAAGGAAAGUUGUUAAUUUGCAAUGAUUAAAAUUUUUAUAAUAUUUUUUAUUUAGUGGCAUAUCAAAAUUUCGAAUAAAUUUUGUUGUGUAUAUUAAAUUAUUUAUUUGCAUUUAUAUAUUUCAUUAAAAUUUAUUUUUAUUACUUUUUCAAAUAUAUUUCUUAACAAUAUUUUUUUACAAGAGUCUUUGAAAUAUAUCUAACAAAAGAAUAAACCUAAAUCUUCAAUAUGCGGUUGUAGGAGGUUUAACUUAUUGGUAGAAAUUAAAAAUGCUAUAGUAUUUUUGUGGCCAUUUUUAUAAUUGUGCUCAUUAUAAAGUUCCCAAGAAAUGUACUCACUAAGAAAAUAUAAAAAAUCACAUAUUUAUUGGAAGCUUAAGGUAGACAUUUUGAAUAAUUACACAGUUGCCUGUCCUCCUAAUUCUGUGUCACUCAAAUGCAUGAUCCUACUCACUCAAUCACUUGUUAUUUUCAUUUUAAAAUCAGCUGAUUUUGAUAUACAAGCGAAAGAGAAUGGAUCAUUUUCAGCAACACAAAAAGGAGGACAGGCAGUAAAAUUUUCAGCGUGGAUAUCUUGUAGAAUAAGAAAGUUCGUGUUAGCUAACCGGAACAUUAACUUAUCGUGGAGAUAAAUUCUCUGUUAACAAGUUUCAAAUUUCGUUUUAUCAACAUGGUAACAAUCAUAAUCGGAAAUAAGAAUGUUCGCGUGCUCAAAAGUUUGCACAAACUUUUACGGAAAGUGAUUCGUUUUGGAGUCCUCAGAACGUUCAUAGAUAAAAACCACUUUAGUCUGAAAAUCAACUUAAAUUGUCUAAGCUAACCUAUCUGUCCUUCAUUCACAAAUUCUAAGCCACCGAGUGGACAGUUGAGAUCGUAAAUUUCUUUCGAAAUGUAAGAGGGCGUACGUUAAUACCAGAGAACCAUACAAACAAAAGAAAGGUUACUGAAAAUUAAAGAUUUUUUCCUUGUUCGAAGGAUUUUGCCCAUGAAUCCGUAUCAGAAGCAAGACUUUAAAAUAAGGGUCUUAACUUAUUAACUUUCCUUUAUCACAAUGAACUAAACUUGUCUAAGCUAGUCUGUUUUAAAAAAUAGACUGCACAGUUUAAUACAUCGUAAAUUUCUCCUACCAUUGAUAGCAAAUUUUGUAUAAAUCAAAUUUUACAUGGCCCUACAUGAUAAGAUUUUCAAGCGUAGAAAUGGUUCUCAAAGCAACUAACGCGACCAAGUGAGAUUUGUACAGAAUGAAGAUCAACUAAUAAUUCGUACUUUUGCUAAUGAUGGGCAAAAUCACUUUGUCGAGUUUUACCUUUCAACAGCUUGAUGACAUUGCGGAAGAGAGGAAAGAAUCUAUUUUGACUCAGAAUGAAAGGUACGGAUUAUAUUACAUUAACAUCAGAAGCAAGACUAUAAAAUAAGAAUUUUAUCUUUCAAUUGAUGGUGACAUGUUAACGGACAAAACCUUACACUUCGAUUUGCUUACUUUACGAACGGCUCCCAAUUUUUUAACCUUCAAAAGAUCUAAAUCUUCAUUUAAGCAGCAUAGCUUUUACAAUUCAAAUAUAUAUGGACUCUAAGAUUUUUUAACUGAUAUUCAAUGCUGCCCUUUUAAAUUUCCUAUUUUCAAUGACAUUUUAAACUUCAUUAAAAUAAAUUCGUCCUUAUGCAAAGUUUUUAUUAAAGAUAAAAAAUUCCUUUAUAUCAAAUAAAAAAUCUUGCACCAUAGGAAAUAUUUUCUAAAUAAUUUGGAUAAUUGGGCAGUUUUUUCUUUAGUUUAGCAAAUCUUGAAAUUUAGGUUACAAAUAUUUUCACUGCAGGCAGUAAUUGUCUACACCCAUGAGCAGUAGCUUAACUUUUUCAGAUUAUUUUCUUUCAAGAGAUAGAUUACUUUAUACUCCAGUUUAACUAUAUCUUAUUUUCCGACUGUAACUAGUGAACAAGCUGUGAAGUUAUAGAAACCUCACAGCUGUGAUCCCUUGGAGGCCACCGUAGCUCAUAGGUUUGCAUGUCCGCCUAUGACGCUGAACGCUUGAGUUCGAAUCCUGGCGAGAACAUUAUCAAAAUUUUUAAACGGUGGUUAUCUUCUUCUAUUCCUGGUGACAUUUUUGAGGUACUAUGCCAUAUGAAACUUCUCCCCAAAGAUGUCUCGCAUUGCAGCAAGCCGUUCAGACUGGGCUAUGAAAAGGAGGUUCUUAUCAUUGAGCUUAAACUUGAAUUCGACAGCACUCAUUGAUAUGUUAGAAGUUUGCCACUGUUCCUUAAUGGAAUAUUCAUGACGUUGAACGCUUGAGUUCGAAUCCUGGCGAGAACAUAAUCAAAAUGUCACCCUUCUAAUCCUGGUGACAUUUUUGAGUUACCAUGUGAAAUUUCUCCCCAAAGAUGUCUCGGAUUGCGGCAAGCCGUUCAGACUGUGCUAUGAAAAGGAGGUUCCUUAAUGGAAUAUUCUUGGGCAAAUUUGCGAAAAGUUUUACACACCUGUGAAUAUUCUGCUUUCAAAAGAUCCCAACCACAUGCUACCCGACCUUACAAUUUUAAAUUUCUAUAUCUUUUUAUGACCUGAGUGCAAUAGGUUUUCAAUUGUUAUCCCUUUGAGGUAGUUGCUAAUUUAUGUUGUUAAUUCUGUAUAUAUCGUCCUGAUCAGGGCUGCGAAGUCAACUGAAGUUGAGGUUUGGAAACCAGAAUGGAAGUCGUACAAUGUAUACAGAGUUCGUUUAGGAAUUAAGUAUGCUAGCGCCGAUCCUGAAUCGAACUUCGACUCUGGCCUCCGCCUUCGACUACAACAUCGGAUCAGACUACCUAGCCUUGGUCCUGAGCAUGAGGAUCGAUGAUCUCUUGAAAUAUUGGCAGGAAAAAAAAAUUAAAA